CAGGGCACAACGCAUGACAGAUUCCUCAGAUAAAAUUACACAGGCAGAUGAGUUUAAGGUUGUGAUAGAUUUCCAGGGAGGUACUCUGAAUUGCUGGGGAAACAUCUGCUGAUUUUACCAUUGCAGUGAAGACUUUCAGGUACAAUGAAUUGGGCUUUUCUUCAAGGCCUCCUCAGCGGGGUGAAUAGAUACUCGACAGGGUUCGGUCGGAUAUGGCUGUCUGUUGUCUUCCUCUUCCGAGUGCUGGUGUAUGUGGUGGCAGCAGAAAAAGUCUGGGGUGACGACCAAAAAGACUUUGAAUGCAACACCAAGCAGCCCGGCUGUGAAAAUGUCUGCUUUGACCACUAUUUCCCGGUCUCGCACAUUCGACUUUGGGCACUCCAGCUCAUAUUUGUCUCCACUCCAUCCCUGCUGGUGGUCAUGCACGUAGCUUACAGAGAAGAAAGGGAGAGGAAGAACAAGAAGAAAUACGGUGAGAACUGUCAUUCUCUUUACCAAGACACAGGGAAGAAGAAAGGAGGACUGUGGUGGACUUACGUAAUCAGCCUUGUGUGUAAAGCAGCAAUUGAUAUAGGGUUCCUGUACAUACUUCAUAACAUAUAUGAAAACUUUGACUUGCCCCGUCUGGUUAAAUGUCAGUUGGAUCCUUGCCCCAAUACCGUUGAUUGCUUCAUUGCCAGACCCACUGAGAAAAGAAUAUUUACUCUAUUUAUGGUUGUCACUUCAGGCAUCUGUGUUCUCUUAAAUAUUUCUGAAUUUCUGUACCUUGUAGCUAAGAGAAUCAUAACUGAGUGCUGUAAGACAGGAGGACGACGACACAUAAACCACUCCAGAAAAACUUCAAUGGCCUUGCAUGACAAAUCAUCUGAAGAAGGUUUCAAUCCAGACAGUAAGACUUACCAUGCAAACCAAAAUUCAAACGUGACCCUUCACUUGAAUUCAUAAGCCAACUAUCAGAAAUCAGGUCCAAAAUUACCUUCUUUUGAAUAUGCAGAACAUUGGCAAUGGCAAUAGAGAUAUGCAUUGUAUUUUUCUUUGUCUUAUAUUUAACAGAGCUUAACAAACUAUGCUCUAGCAUUGGCUCUUAACCUCCAAUAAUGAAGGUCAUAUCAUUUUGCUAUGAAGUUUCAUCACAUUCAGUGGAUCUGCAAAUCCUACCCCUAGUCGCUCCCCUCAGACAAAUUAAUGCACUUUAUCUCUGAGCAUUUUAAAUGAGCAAAUGGCGGUUCAAUGUCUGUUUAAAUUUGAUUGGCCAUAUUUGAGACCGUAGGCCCAUAUUAAGAACUUCCAGACUCCCAAAAUGGCAGGUACAUUAUUAACAACAAUGUAGAAAGUGGGCAAAGUAAUUAGGAAAAUUAAGUCAUACUAGAAGAUAAUAUGUUUCAGGAAUAACUUACUACCAAAGAACAUUUUGAUAAACACCAUGAACAAACCGGAAAGUAAAUGCUAAACAAUCAUCUUGUCAAACAAUGGUAAUUUCCCAUCAUUGCUAACUGGUGUUGCAUUUCCAAGUCCCUCAUCAUCAGUAUGAUGGGAGUUACUGUGACAAAGAACUCAGCUUUACCAAACACAUCAAUGCUAUGAUGACUGGAGCAAGGUACAGGCUAGUUAUUCCGAUAGCACAGAACCAUUUCAUCCACUUCAAGGCACAUGUCAGGUGUCUUAUGGAAUACUCUCCAGCAGACUAAACGAGUGCAGCCUCAGCAAGAUUCUGGGAUUGAAAAGCUUGUCAUAUGAGGAGUGUUUGAUAGCUCAGGGUGGCUAGUCACUGGAAUUCAGAAGAAAGAGGGGUAACCAAAUUGAAACCUUCGAAUGUUGAAAGGCCUUGAUAGAGUGGAUGUGGAUAGGAUGUUUCCUAUGGUGGGAGAGUCUAAGACCAGAGGACACAGCCUCAGAAUAGAGGGGUAUCCUUCUAGAAUGGAAAUGAGGAGGAAUUUCUUUACCCAGAGAGUAGUGAAUCUGUGGAAUCCAUUGCUACAAGCCACUGUGGAGGCCAGGUCAUUGGUUAUAUUUAAGGCAGUGGUUGAUAGAUUCUUGAUUUGUCAGGGAAUGAAGGGAUAUGGGGAGAAGGCAGGAGACUGGGGCUGAGAGGGAAAAUGGAUCAGCCAUGACGAAAUGGUGGAGCAGACUCGAUGGGCCAAAAGACCUAAUUCUGCUCCUAAAUCUCAUGGUCUUAUGUCAACCAAGCCAAAACAACCUGUUUAAUUGGCCGCUCAUUCGUCUUACUAAAUAUCUACCAUUUCUGCUUGAGCUCACCAUGGCCAUCACUAAUAUCAAUCACAGAAAAUAAAUGUGGUAAAUCACACUUUUUGUGUUUCUACGGAGACAAAAGAGAUUACAAAGGCUGGAAUAUGGAGCAACACUGUGCUGAAAGAGCUCAGCAGGUCAUGCAGCUUCUGUGAGAGUAAAAACAAUUUGUCCCACACAUCCACUGAGUUCCUUCAAUACAUUAUUUGCUGCUUUCAUGUUUAUAUUUUCGAUAUAAGAGAUGCAAUGAUAAAAUUACAACUGGGGUGAAUGUAUUGAUUCUGAAUUAGAGAGUGAUCAGAUUGACUGACCUCACAACAUCCUGACACUAACUCCUCUGCAUAGUAAUUUGGCCAACAGUUCACAGUGUGACUUCUAUGCCCAUUCUUUCUCAGACAUUUCCACUCAUACAAGUGGAUGGGCAAUCAAUUAAAUCAACUACUUACAUUUAAAUUUAAGAUUAGAUUGGGUGUGGGAACAAAAGAGGAUGCAAGAUUCGAAAAAGGUGGAGAAAGCCCAAGGAAAUAUUUAUUCACAUAGAGGGUACACACCUUCAUGAUUUAUUUCUUGUGUUGGUUAUGUACAUACAUAUUUGUAUAUUUAUUUUGUGAUUCUUAAUUUCAAAUAUUAUAAUAGAUUAUAAUUUGGAAAUGUCUGAACUUAAUUUUAUCACUUGAAUAUUAUCAGUGAUUUGUGGUGCCUGAUAAUGCAUUAUUUACAGCAGAAAUAAUUCAACAUAAUAUGUAAUCUGGGAUAUGCAUUUUUUAAUGCAUUAUGUGCACAUACACAGUGAAAGAUACAUUCUUCAUUUUACACUGCCACUCAUUUUACUGAGGAGAUUAUAUAUUAGCUUCAUUUUAGGGUCUUAAAAACUGGCUUUCAAUUUCAUGUCUAGAGAAGAUGCUGAAAGGUUGCUGGCUUAUACUAAAUAUCUGCAUGAAUUGCAUAAUAACAUCGAAGCUCUGAGCUAUUGAAAUGUUACUGAGACCUCACCCUGGACCACAUGCUUGACUUAAAUUCAUUGCAACAUGGGCAAAAAAUAGAUAUGGUUAAAUUCUUUGGAUAAUCUGAUAUACGGUACUAACCAACCAUUAAUAGAGCUCAGUCACUUGGAGAAAACUAGCAAGAUAAACAUCAACAAAUGAACAGCUGUCUUUAUGAUGGAUUGCAUGUUGCAAUGAAAUAGAAGAAUUUUGCAAUGGAAUGCUGAGAGAGUUUAUUUCAUGUUCCUGCUUGUACCAGGAACUUCAUUCAUGUCAAUAAUACUUCUUUAAGGAAUGCAUUUGUUCUUUGUUUACUGUAAAAGUAAAUCAGUGAAUUUUAACUGAUUUGUAUUGCAAUAUGCUACAUUAAAGAUUUAAGAUUUUUGCAAGUGUGUGGUUUAAUUGGAUUUUAAUUCUCAGACAUCAAUGCAGCAAAUUAUGUAUAUUAGACCAGCUUGGUUUUAAAGGAACACACACAAAAUGCUGGUGGAACACAGCAGGCCAGGCAGCAUCUAUAGGAAGCAGUACAGUCAGUGUUUUUCGGGCCGAGACCCUUCG